AUGUGUGCUAAGCCAUUAAAUGCGUUAUGUGAAGGAGGAAAAUCCUGCUCAACCAGUCUAUGGAUGAGUCAACGUGAAGACGUGUGUCUCAAGACAAGCCAGAUAUGUGACGGUGUACAAGACUGUCUUGACAACAGUGACGAGGAGUUUUGUGACGAAUGUCCUCUAACUUCAACAGCUGAUGGGUCAUGCUUGUACAAAUGUUCGAACUCCUACUGCAUUCUGGAGUCCAUGAUAAUGGAUGGAGUCGCGGACUGCCCGUUAGGGGACGACGAGAGAGUCCCUGAUGAAACUUUUUACUGUCGUCAAGACAUCAAUCACCUCUACACACUAAGCAACCUGUGUAACGGGAGAUGUGAUUGUGUUGAAGGUUGUGAUGAUGAGUUGCUUUGCCACGAAAAAUGUCCCUCAGGAUUUCAGUGUCUGUGGGGUGUCACUAAAUUGUUUGAAGAUUUUGAUUUUAAGGGGCCGGGAAUUCCCUCUCAUACAUGUAACGCCCCAAGUGACGCCAUAUCUUCAUGUGAAAAUCUACUUGAUGAUGUUGUAAAACGUACACUGAUAUGGCUGGUGGCGCUGAUAGGUUCUAGUGGUAAUGCUGUUGUCGUUGGCUACAGAAUAUUUUAUGAGAAACAUUUAUUAAAACAAGGCUACAGGAUGUUCGUUACGAACCUGGGCUUGUCAGAUUUGAUCAUGAGCGUUUAUUUACUGAUCAUAGCAGGAGCUGAUGUUUACUACCGUGACGACUACGUGUUGUAUGACACAGAAUGGCGAGACAGUUCACUGUGUAAGGCCGCAGGUUUUCUUGCUACUCUCUCGACUGAGACGUCUUCACUGUUUGUUUUAUUCAUCACUUUAGAUCGAUAUUUCACAUUUAAAAAUCCACUCAAUCAGACAAAAUUUACUCCCCAAAUUUUAGCUUGUGUUGUUACUUUGAUCUGGGCAACUGGACUAGCCAUCUCCACAAUCCCCAUUUUGUUUCCUGACUUGCAGGUCUACUCGUCCAAUGCUGUGUGUCUGGCACUUCCAGUCAAUCUGACACACCCACUUGGCUGGAUGUUUUCUUUACUUCUCUAUACUGUAGUCAAUUUUCUCAUGAUGAUUAUGAUCAUUUCAGGACAAAUGCUAAUCUUUAAACAAAUAGCCAUGCCCUCUAACUCUCUAAUCAAUACAUCAGCCCACAGGAGACGUGAGAUCACAGUUGCCAAAAACCUUUCUCUGGUCGUCGUGUCCAACGUUCUCUGUUGGUUUCCUAUCUGCCUCAUUAGUCUCAUGUCUGCUGCUGGCUAUACAUUUAGUCCAGACGUCUAUGGCUGGCUGGCUGUAUCCAUAAUGCCUCUCAACUCUGCCGUCAACCCAAUACUUUUCAUUAUAACUGCAAUUUAA